AUGACGGCCACCACAGCAGCUAAGGUAGCCGAGUUCAUUGUGGAAAUAUCACAUCGGUUCGGAGUGCCUAAUCGGAUCAUAACUGAUCUGGGUACCUCGUUCAUGGGCUCCGAGUUCUGGGACUAUUGCCAAGAGAGCUGCAUCGACGUCGACUACGCCUCCGUGGUGCACCCCAGGUGCAAUGGCCAAGUCGAAAGGGCCAAUGGCUUGAUACUCCAGGGGCCCAAGGCCAGAAUUUUCGAUCCGAUCGAAAAGUACGGUGCAAAGUGGCUCCAAGAACUACCCAGAGUAGUCUGGGGGCUCCGCACACAGAAAAGCCGGGCAACCGACCACUCGCCAUUCUUCAUGGUGUACGGUUCUGAACCAGUCUUGCCAUCGGACAUUGCUUUUGGUGCUCCGUGCAUCCAGAACUACGAUGAAAACGAAGCCGAGUCAACUCGACGCACCGACAUUGACUCGGCAGAGGAGCACCGUCUAACGGCCUCCAUACAGCAUGCGAGAUAUGAACAGCAGCUCCGGCGCUAUCUGUGA